GAGGGGGGGACUCGACGGCGAGAGCUUCAGGCGGCGGCGGCGGCGGCGGCGGCGGCGUGUGCAGCUUGUGACGGACACCGAAAUAUCAUCACGACGGCGUUUUUUUCUCCCCUUAAUGUCUUAAAUCAACGGCCAGCGAUGAACACACUCAUGUAGCGAUUGAACAAUGUGAUUGUGAGCGGAGGCAGCUGCACUCCAAUGGUCGAGGACCUCACAAAACUUCACUAGAAUGUACUUGAUGAAUGUGCCUCCUGUUGCAGCGACGCAAACAGAAUGGAGAACAUGUGGCCCACCUGGAGGCUUUAGCCUUCCACUCUGCUUCAAUGACUCUGACACAGAGUUGUCCACCGGAGGUACACCUAUCUCAGACAAGGUCCAGAUGAUCAUAGAGAGCUUUAGGAGCACCCAGUCCUCACUCGAGAUGGGAGACGAGAUCGAGGGUAACGUGCUGUCAGGACAGGAUGGACAUCCCCAAGUCUGCAAGGUUGCAGUGGGUUCUUAUGUGGGAGCCAAGUCCAAAACUAAAGGUCCCACUGAAAACCCGAAGCCAGAUGUUUCCUCCCCAAUCAGCCACGAGAGCAGUGACUCAGACAGCGAUGAUUCAGUGGACAGAGGAAUCGAGGAGGCAAUACUGGAAUACCUGAAGGAAAAGGAUGAUCACAAACGCAAGGCGGAACCGUGUUUUCCCUUUCUCCCAUCAUCCAAAAUUCCCAGGAAAAACCCACCAACUCCCGAGGUUUCCAAACAGAACUCUGACAGCAAUACAUUUUUGAUUGCCAGUAACCAGUUUCCAAAAAGUGUCAAAGCUGAGAUUCCCACAGCACCAGCUAUUGCUCCAGUAAAAAAGUAUAUCAAAAACAAGGCGUCCCUAAAUGACAACACUGUCAAAAAACUGGUCUCUGAAAAAAGUACAUCAACCAAGAGUUUAAUCUUUUCUAAAGAGCAAAUAAAAAGCUCCUCAAUCGGCCUCUUCAGCAAAGUCAAGUGCCCAGUCACAGUUAAGGUGGAGGAAGACUCUUAUGAUUCCAGUAGUGAUGACGGCAUCGAGGAGGCCAUUCAAAGAUACCAGUUAGAGAAAAAGGAGCAGCAGAACAAAAGGGAAGCUUUCAGUCCUCAUGCAUUCAAAGAGGAUUCUGACUCCACUAGUGAUGACGGUAUUGAAGAAGCUAUUCGCUGCUACCAGCUUGAGCAACUCAAGGAGAAGAGUGUCCUGAAACCAUUCUUGCACAAGCAAAAAACAUUAAGUAAGUCAUUAAUUCAUGCUGUUGGAAGUACAAGCACGGAAAACAUAAAGAAACACAGACUGAAAAAGAAAAAGAACAGAACAGAGAAAGAAGGGAAAUCUGUUCAGCCUCCUCCAUCAUCAGCUUUCGUACCCAAAAAUACACUACCAGACAGCUCAAAGGGUAAAGGAAAUGGGUUGCAUUUGUUUAAAGUAGAGAAUUUUAAGGAGCAACCUGUCCCUAACCCUGCCCUGCCAAAGGUUAAUACAACAGCAGAGCUCAUGUGUGCUGAGGCAAUACUGGACAUUUCAAAAACUGUUAUUCCUGUGCCCUUCCAUCAUAGCAUUGGCCUUAGCAGUGGUGCCCCCCCAGAAUCGUCCAUACAGUCUUCACUUACUGACAAUUGUCCAGAUGAAGAAAGUGAUGGCAGCUCGAUUGAUAGUGAAGAUGGGAUAGAGCAAGAAAUCAGGAAGUUUCUUGAGCAGAAGGCCCAAAUGAACAAACAGCUGCCCACCUCUGCAACAACACAAGAGCCUCCUAGUGUAAAUGAUGCAGAGAAAGCGAAAGCAACACAAGUUGCAACCCAAAAGAAACCCUCGAAAUUGUCUUUGACACAGAGAAGAAAACACAAGGAGGAAAACUGUAGCAUUUCCAACAUGUCAGGGGCAGAGAACAAAGUUAAAGAAACUUCUUUAACUUCUUUAGCCCCUAAACCCAUACCUGAGCAUGGAAAAGAACCAAACCCAUUGAUGUUUUCCCAGAGAAGUCAAAUGCACCCAAUAGCUGGAUUACACAAGACAGAGCAAAGUGGAGACAAAAGCAGCUCACUCGACAGUGAUGAGGAUCUAGACACUGCUAUAAAAGAUCUGCUUAAGACAAAAAAGAAGUCAAAGAAGAAAACGAGAGACUUAAAGCGGAAAUCAAGAAAGUGCCUCAAGGAUGAAGAACCAAUGCUGGGAAAUACUUUACAGACCAAAAAGUGCAAACCUGAUCCGAUUUCCAAGCGCAGUGCUUUGAAAAAAGUACAAAAGAGUAAGGAUGACGUGAAAGACAAGUCUGGGUCGAGUAAAAUGAACAUUUCACUACAUAAACAGACAAAUCAGAAUGAAGAGCAUGAUAUACAUGAAGGUGAAACAGAGAAAUUGAAAGCUGAGGGUCAAGAUGCCCCAUCAAGGCACAACACUCAGACUACUCUUGAGAUAAAGGAAGAUAGCAGUUCAGUAGAUAGCGAUGAUAGCAUCGAGCAAGAGAUCAGAAGGUUUCUGGCUGAAAAGGCCAAAGUUUCCACUGCAGAGAAAAGUAAAGAUGGAGACGCAUCAAGGAACGGUACCACCACGGGUUGGACCCCACUUCAAGAUGAAGACAUUAAACAGGAAAAUCAGCUGGCUGAAAUUCCAAGAAAAAAUAUCAGUCCUCUCACCGGACAACUUCCUCUGAUUAGUCAACCUCUUCCAGUGCCACACAGUUCGCAGCCAGACAUCUCUGUUGUCGGUGUACAAUCACGCCUGUCCUCAGUUCAGUCGUGCAGCCCCAAUCUUUUGGAACCAGCAGACGGCGCAGGGGCUGCUAGAACUGAGCAAAGAAGGCCUGUUGCUGGGAAAGGCGACGUCCAGGGAGUCACCCCACAGAUGGAGAAAGUUCGGCCAGUUUUGAGUCCGAGCAUUACUCAUUCCCGCUCUGAGUCAAUCAAGUGGCGCCAGAGCCUUGGACUCCCUACUACUGAACCUAGGACUGUCAGUCGAACUCCAUUCCAUAUCACGUCUAAAAUCAGCGAGACUGCAUCAGCAAGUCCGCCGUUUCAAAGCGGGGGGCUCAUCCCCAAAUCACAGACUCCAGUCAGUGUCUGGUCCUCUGCAAGGACCAGCAGAGCGCACUUCCCCUGCUCUGCAGAAACAACUGUAAAUACCACAUUCAGAUCCCCUGUUUUAAAUUUUUUAUCUACUGCCAGGCAGCACCCAACGAUGUCCUUUACACGGACCCUUGCGCCUGCCCACAGGUCACCAUGCCCCAUAGAAGAAGAGGCAGAGAGUAUGGUGCAUAUACCUAAGGACAAGAGUGUGUUUGUUGAGCUGGAAUCUAAUCGGACCAACCAUGUCCAGGUUCGAAGCAGGGAAAGAAGCCAGGGAAAGGAGAGAGUUGACUUGCUAAGUGAGAUAAAAAGAGAAGGCGAAAGCAUGAAGAUAGAUGAUAAAGAGGUGCAUCUAGAAAGAACAGAGGAAGAAUUUAUAGAUGAGGCAGAUUGUGGGUCAGGCAACAGGAGAAAUCCAGAGAAGAAGCAGGGCUUUUCCACAUUGUCUUUGUCCAGUGCCAUUGACCCUGGCAUCACCAUCAGUCCUUGCAUAGCUCUUACCACAGAGGAGAGACGCACGACGUUCAACAGGAGAUUGAGGCUGGCUAGAAAUUGCAAAAAGGGGGUACCUCUUGUCAGUUGUGUUCCUAUGCAGAAGACGACUGUGCAGCCGGCCAAAAGAAAGCUUCAGUUCAUUCCAGUCCACAGGAAAAUCGAAGCACCCAGCCACCACGGCACGACGGAAUAAAUCACUGCAUUUGAAACAUGCCUGUAGAUAAUGUUUGAUGGCACAGUAUGUGGGGUUGAUUAGUUUUUUUUCUAUAUUCAGAAGUUGGAUUCUGAGAAUCUUGUUUUGUAAUGUUUUAUAUUAUAUGUCAAGGAUAUUCUUUAUGUUGAUAUAUAUACAAGUCAAGUUGUUUGGUUAAUAUAACAUAAAAAAAGUAUAUUCUAACCCACACUUAGUAUUCUGCCAUUAAUAUUUGCUACAUUUUCCUGUUGAUUUUUGUUAAUUAUUUAAUUCAAGUUCACUGGUGUCACUGUUUUUAGUUGCCCUGGACCAGAGUGAUUAUUUUUUUUAAUUUCUUUUAUGUUACAUUUGUUCAAUAUCAGGAGUUACAGCUCAACAAUAAUGGUUCAUUUUUUUUAGUUAAAUAACAUGAGGAUAAAAAUGUCUCUCUUU